UUGGAAAAGUCCCCAUGUAACUAAAAUAACAUUACAUUACUGUGGGACAUUAGUAUAAGCAUCCAGUAUGAAUAUCUCAAGGUGGCAUUAGAAAUGAAUACGUUAUUUUAUCUUCAAAUCUUCAGACAUUUGACCAAAAACGUGUCUUUUUUCAUUGAAUUUAAAGGACCAGUGUGCAGGAUUUAGUGGCAUCUCUUUGUAUUUCUAUUCGUACCCCACUGAAAAGAUGAAAUGUACUUUUUGUAUAAUCUACUGUCUUUUUGGGAGCAUUAGUGAUGACAAGAACAGAGCUUCAUUCACCAGCUACAAGAACAAGUAUGCAGUUUUUCUCUACUGUAUGUUUAAUGGUGCCUGAACGCAGCGUUCCUUAUGACACAUAUCCAGGCACUUACAGGCAGAUCAUGUUCUUCAUACACCGCUAACCAUUCAGCCCAUGGAACCAUAACAUUAACCAGCAAUAACACAAUUCAAUCAGCAGAUUUUGGUAGCCUUCAGUCCUCAGUGUGGGAGAAAGCUGCUGCUGCUCCUGAGAGUUACAGCUCAGGGCAAAAAAAAAUACACGUGGAUUUAAAUAAGAGCCUUCACUUGUUCAGGUGUCAUUUUGCGCCCUCUAGUGGCCAUAAAAAACCCUCACUCAAUUGUUGAACAGUUGAAUUAUGAGCUAUUUUCCAUCAGUUAUAGUCUCUAUAGUUUUUAUUACUUCUUUAUUCAGGAAUCUGGACGUGUUUGCUCUUCCUACGCACUUCUCUACAUACAUUAAUCUGUAGAAGUUACACAGAAGAGCUCCUUUUAAAAGUAUUGUUUGGAUAUUUUUGAUGGCAGAAAGUAAAGUGGUAAAGAAUAAUAGUGGUUUACAUUAUAUUGAUGCCUUAUAGGGUCCAUCUAUAAUAUUACAUCAUAAAUUAUUUGUUGAUUACAUUUUAUUUAUUGAUUAGAAUCUAAAAAGUGACAAGAUUUGCCUCUGAAUUGUAGUAGUACACCAGAACAGUAGUAGACCUACUACUCUACUCUGACCCUUUGUACUGCAGUGCCCUCUACAGGUCUUUUUUUUGCCCUUUAGAGGUAUUUUUUGCCCUCUACAGAUCUUUUUUUGUCCUCUAGAGGUAUUUUUUGCCCUCUACAGGUCUUUUUUUGCCCUCUAGAGGUCAGAAUGAAGCUGAAAGGUAAUUUAAAAGUGUGAAUUGACGACACCUGUUGAGACGCCUGAUGAUAAACGUGUGAUCAGAUCUCAGUCAGACAGCCAACACAAGCUGAAGAUGCAGUGUGUUGCAGUGAUGUGGCUUCUGUUCUUCAUCUGCACGUUGACAGUUGACGCUGUCCCCAUAAAUCGAACCCACGAGUCUAACAGUCAUUCCCCAGUUGGUGUCGUUUCCUUAAAUGACACCCAGAAUGCAACUAGUCCUGUUCCAGGUACAGUUGUUUCAGUGAUUGAUCUGCCACAGCAAGUCAGUCCAGAGACCUUAGAAGAUGACAUGAUUGUCCAAGAGGGAGACAUUUUGAUACCGGAGGACAGGAAUGCUGUGGAGACCCUGUGGCCAGACGCCGUCGUACCUUUCGCCAUCAGUGAUGAACUGGCUUAUCAAGAGUCAAACAUCUACGCUGCCUUCAAGAUGAUAUCAGAUUUCACGUGCAUUCGCUUCCAAAGGCACACCACAGAGUUUAACUACCUGAAGUUCAAGGAUGGCAAUGGCUGUGCGUCCUUCGUUGGCUGUCGAGGAGGACCCCAGCCGGUGUAUUACUCUCGGACCUGCAGUGUGGGGAAUCUCUGCCAUGAGCUCAUUCACGCUCUGGGGCUGCAUCAUGAACACACCCGGCAGGACCGGGAUCAAUACAUCAAUGUGCAGUGGCAGAACAUCAAACCAGGGAGACAAAAGAACUUUGAGGUGAAAUCGGGGAACACUCUGAACCUGCCGUACGACCUCAACUCCAUAAUGCACUACGGAAAGUUUUUUUUCAGUGUAAAUGGAAAUCCGACGGUGUUGCCCAGCUACAGCGGAGAGCAGAUGGGUCAGCGAACACAUCUCAGCCCUCUGGAUAUACAGAAACUGAACAAACUCUACCACUGUGGUAACAACCUCUACACUACUGUUUCACAUAACUCUGUUCUAAUGUAUGACCAACAAUCAAAUGCAUAUUUAGAAAAGUAUUCCAGCAAUACUAACACAUUUCUUUUUUCAGAUCAGCGUAGCAAAUGGCAUUGAGCGGGCUCGCUGUUGGUUAACCUGCGUUUUGCUGAGAGAUUGAAUAAAAAUGAAAAAAAAUCCUA